CAAUGGACUAAAUGAUUGUGGGGUAGAACUACUGUCAGAUUCUCGGAAAUUAUCUAAAGUACACAGAUAUCUGAAUGCCUUCUAUAACCGCGACGCCUCCUAUUCGAGCUUCCCAAGUUGAUCGUGUAAUUUGGUCCCAUCGUCCACUCCAUUAGCAUCCAGUGCCCUUAACCAUAACCUCGGGGCUGUGCAACGCAAAGGUGUAUAUAGUGCAACGGCAUUUAUUACGUGCACAGCGGACUUUAAUCGUUUUUGGUCACAUCAUUAAUUCACCAGGAAGAUUCGUCAGAUACGUCUUUCGGCUCACUUACAUUGUUCGUGAGUGGCGGAGUCGUGGGAGUAUGCGCAGUGGGAUUCCCUUCAGAUGCUGACUCUGAGCACCGAAGGGUUUUGUGAGCUAGAUUGAGAGAACUUCACUGGUCCGCCGAAACACAUCCAACAGCGAAAAGAGUGUAUUCCGGUAAAGCAGAGACAACUGAUUCUCGAGCUGCUUCCAUUCUCAUCACAUGGGAAACGGGGUGCAAUCGCACGGCUGGAGGGUGUCUGUUUUUUGCUCGACUCUCGCCGCCACAGUCGGUGUGUCCGAGAUUGAUUUGUACGUCGAAAAUUCCGAUGUGUAUGCGUGACGGUAUUAUUUUUCCACUUCGGUGACAUUGGCACAUCCAAAAUUUAUCUUACCGAAAAGUUAAAAUUUAUCCGGGAAGUUCGCUAGUCGCGUUCCAAUUGAACCCAAUCCGCGAAGCGAUUUCACAUUUUUCGCAACCCGACAAUUACCAUGUCUCUGGAAUACUCAAUUCUGAACAAACCAUUACUUGCACGAGCACAUGAAGCAAAUGGAAUCACUUCCCUGAUAAGUACAAUAUUGUCGCCAUCGCAGUCGUCGAAUUGCAGCGGAACGGACAGUGAGGUAGUCGGGACUACUGCAUCCGAAAGUGAUUCCGGCCUGGCGCUAACCAAUUCAUCGAGCAGUUCAAAUGGUGGAGAGCCGCAGAUACUGGCGCGGUACAGAUGCAAUUACGAAAAUUGCACACGAAGUUACAGUACCAUUGGGAACCUGCGAACGCAUCUGAAGACACACAGAGGUGAAUAUCGAUUUAAGUGCACGGAGGACGGGUGUGGCAAAGCAUUUCUAACGUCCUACAGUUUGAAAAUACACAUUCGGGUACAUACGAAAGUGAAACCCUAUGAGUGCGCCGUAUGUGGAAAGGCUUUUAAUACGCGAUACAGAUUGCGUGCUCAUUUGAGACUCCAUAAUGGGGAAACGUUCAAUUGCAGUGAAUGCCAAAAAUUCUUCACAACCCUCAGCGACUUGAAAAAGCACACGCGCACCCACACUCAAGAGCGUCCUUAUAAGUGUCGCCAAGAUGGUUGUGGAAAAGCAUUUACAGCAUCACAUCAUCUAAAAACUCAUACAAGGACUCAUACCGGUGAACGUCCUUAUCCGUGUCAGGAAAACAGCUGUCUUAAAGCUUUCAGCACGUCGCAUAGUUUAAAAUCACACACGAAAACACACUUCAAACAAUCAAGCAGAAAGAACAAACAAUCGGCCCAAGGAAGCUUCUCUCAAAGCGAAAGUGAAAAUAGCAAUGAUACGAAAGAUUUAAAAGCGGAUGAUAUUAGUACAGAAACAGAAGAUUCAUACAAAAGUGACCAACUAUCCUCAGAAAAAAUCGACGUUAGCAGCUUGAUUUUUUCGGAAAACAACGACUCUGCCGUUAUCAUAAAACAAGAGGAUGGAAAGUCCGCGUUUGCAGGCUUGAAUAACAUUACAGGAACAGAAAGUUUCAUAAACAGUCAUUUGGCAGAUGAAAGCUUUAUGAAUCCUAGUGAGAUAUCGCCCACAACAGAAGCUCUAAAAGUUACUAACAUGAAGCAAGAACCAAUGGAUUUUGUUCAAUCAGAAGAUAAUAUUGCUUACGAAACUUCGAUGAAUUUACAACCAAUGAUCGUUGAAACUCAAUUGAGCGAAACAACACACACGUUCCAGGCAAAUCUUCCCUCCGUUGAUCAAGCUGCAAAUGUGCCUUCUAAUUUGAUUCUAAAUGCCAUCAACGCAGAGAAUGUAAACUACCUCAAUAUUAGCAACAUAACUGCCACGGCCGCAAAUAUUAUGAAUGUAAACAACGGGCAACAAUCCGCGGAAUGUGUAGAAAACCCAUUAACCAAUCAUCUGCCGCCCACUGCGACUUACAACCCUCCGAUCAUGCCUUUGGAGCCAAUGAUAGUUGAACGACAAACGCAAUUGCCAGAAACUUCGCAAGCACUACAACUGGCUAUGGCAUCAGAAGUUGAAAUUCCAACACCAUGGUUCGAUGUAGCAGUGUUGGCUUCAAAGCCGUUGAUUCCCACUGCUCCAGUGACCCCCGCCUGUGUUGCACUUCCAACUGAAAUCACAACAUUUGUCAAUUUACAAGCGAAUACGGGCACUCCUGAAAAUGACUAUAUUUCUCCUAACCCCGUUCCAGCAAAUGUAGACGUUACUCAAAAUUUCCCGGUACAAGAAACAACUAAUGAAUCAAUUGAGAAUGAAUUUAGACAAAGUUACUACGAUAUAUUUGCUUCCUUAGGGUCCAGUCCAUCAUCUUCGCAGUCAAUUUUGCAAGGAGUUAGCACGAAUGAAGUAUUCAACAACGACGAUGCAAACAUUGAUGAUUUAUUGAACGAGGGAACCGGAUAUACCGCAGGAUCACAGGACAUAGAAACAGAGUCAUUGCUGAAUGAAUUGCUUCUGACAAUCGAUAAUGCCCAUAAAAACUGUCAACACACUGUACAAAAUGGACAGAGCGAAACACCAACUGCAAGAGGCCCCACUCCCCUUGCUGAAAAGCAAAUCGUUCCGAAUGUAAGCACACCCGCGAGAAGCUCGAGUGCUGUUUCUGGACAACAAAAUUCUCCUAAAACAUUAAAAGAUAUUACAGCAGAAGCAGACAUAUGUCGAUGUACGAAUUGCAAGUGCGACAAGGAAAUGGGUUGUGUGGGUGGCUGCAAUCAAAGUAAUCCAUGCACAAAGUCUAAAAUCCAACAACAGAAGAAUCAACCAUUCAAAGUCCCUCCACGGAAAGUGCAACGAUCAACUUCUUCUUCGUGCUGUAAAAAGAGGGCAUCUCCAACACCAAAGAAAGUCACAAGCUCUUGUUCUUGUAAUAUGCCCACGCAAGAGCGGGUAUCAUCGCCUGUAUGUUGCGGUCAAAUAGAGGAAGUCACCUGUUGCAAUUCGGAAGCAGAAAUUCCUCCGAAAAGCUCAGCCGAACGAAAAAUCGAUGACGUGGCCGCUUUGUUAGAAAACAUAGUAUCCUCAACAGAGUCUCCUUGCUGUAAAACUCCAGCUGAACCACCUAAAAGAGAGAGGGAACCUCAUGUACAUCGAAGUUGCGGUCCUGCAGUUAGCAAUAGUUCAGCGAAAUCAACAACAAAACGAAGUGGCGGUGCGUGUACGUGCAAAAGUCCCAUGGAGGGUGUUGCAAACGGUUGUUGCGUUGUGAUUUGCUUAAAAACGUUAGAGGCUUUGAAAAAUGUGCUGACCAGAAGAAGCAUCAAUUUGAUUCGGUGCUCCGGAGCCGGGGGUGUUGCUUGAUUGUUUAGGUUGCAACUGAAUACCGGAAUUCUUGCUGUAUGUUUUCAACUUCGGAUGCACACAAUUUAGUAUUAUUCAGAUAGUGUGCUUUUUGGUGUGAAGCAGAAGGCAUAAUUCGUCAUAAAUGGUGCCUUGGUCUACAUAGAAAAGAACCUUCAAGUCAACAAACAAGAUAAGCUUACCUCCAAUUAAAAAUUAUUUAAUAUUCAAAAGUACGGGGUCUGUCCAAAAAGUAUCCAACAUGCAUAUCUCGUAGCGUGCUAGCAUUAUUCUACCUCAUCGGGCUGGUGGUGUAUCCACUUCCUAAAGCAGUCCUGAAAUUGAGUUUUUGGAAUUUACCAUCGAACCUGUGUCUUUUGAGCGGUAUUUUUUUUCAAAUUUGGAACUAACUAAAAGUAAUAGGGAAGGGAACCCAAUUGUUUUAUAAUUUCGAUGUAAUAUUCCUUAUUAAUAGUCUGGUCCCUCGGUUCAUAUUUGUGAUGCACAAUGCCUUCAUAUUUAAAAAAAAAAACAAUCAGCAUUGUUCCGUGGUUUUUCUUCGGUCGUGUUUCAGAAGGUUCGACUGUAAAGGCUGAACCCAGGAUUCAUUGCCAAUAAUAAUCUUUUAAUAUCUUCAUGAUAAAAAACGUAACUUUUUCCCCUCCUACAAUUUGUUUUAUUUGCUCAUAUACACGUAUUUCGGGAGCUUCGCAGUCCAUUCGUCAGUGCUUUAGCUAAUAAAUUAUUGGCCGGGAAACGUGGGCUGCAGGGUGGGAGAGCUGCUUUCUUUCAUGAAUUUUACGGGCUGACUCUGAAGAUCCGAGCCGGCUGGACUUUGCCUCCCUGCUUCCAUAGCAACAGACACGGUCUUAGGAGUUUGUGGCAUCAUAACGGCGAACCAAAGCGCUAAUUGGGCUCCUCAGAGCGGGCACUGAUACCUACCUACCUACCUGUCACUGCUGAUCUAACCGUAUUGGACUGUCGUCUUUCACCAUAUCCUUGUUUUGGGUACUCUUGAAACGUCAUAAUGAGUCGUUUUGUCUGUCCUAUAUAAAUUAGCAGUUACUGCAACUUAGUUUGCAUACGCAUCAUCUGCAACUGAGUAUUUUUAUGUAAAAUUUUUCCAUAAAUGUUUUUAAUAACA